AUGGCGAUCAAGGACUACAACCCGUUCGCCAAACGCUCAGAAUUUUCCGCCACAAACCUCUGGGCUUACAAGAUCCUGACCAUCUUCUCAUGGCUGUUACUGGUCAUAACCGGUGCAUACUACACAUUCGCCAGGCCCGAACGCCAUCAUGGCCACAGCCCGGGACGAACGAUCUGGGGACAGAACCAUGUCUGGAACACACCCUUCUCGCUCAAUGCCAUCGUAACGUCCAUCUACUGGGUCGUUACCCUCAUCUUCCAGCUCAACUACAUUCGCUUCCUCUGGAGCUCGGACACUGAGUAUGUCAACAGCAGUGCGAACGUUGGCAGCCACUAUAUCCUGAACAACCUCUUCCAGUUUGGUUUCAUCAUGUGCUGGGUCCGAAACCACUUCUGGCCUGGCGAAGUGAUCCUCAUUGCCAACCUUUUCAACCUCACCUUCCUCUACUUCCGCAACCCAAAGACUCCCCUCUGGAUCCACGCGCCUGUGGUCUCAUUCCCAUAUGCCUGGAACUACGUGGCCAUCCUCUGGGAUGGUGCAGCGGCGGUCCAUGCCCGAGACCUCCCAGCUCGGAUCCUUGCCAACAUCGCGAUCUGGGGCAUCCUGGUCAUUGGCGGAUUCUUCCUAGUCACCUUCAAAGACUGGACAAUGGGUGUUGCCCUGGCUAUUCUCUCACUAUCCCUGGCACUCGCCCAGUUUGCAACCAAGAUCAUCGCCUUCCAGUGGAUCUUUGCGUUUGUCAUCUUUGGCGUUCUGCUCCUCGCUCCGCCGUGA